AUGUCUUCUAGAAGUCCGUUGAUACUAAGUACCGACUGGAAUAUUGCCUUGGGCAUUACGCCAUCAGCAUCUCUUUUCCUUCCAUCAGCAUCUCUUUUCAUUAUCAGCUACGUCGGCGCCUUUGGUUCUCGGCACGCCGUCGAGGUCCACGCUUGGACCAAGAUCAAACACCUUAAGCGGAAGAUCGUUUCAAUGGGGAUUUCUGAGCGGGUUUUCCAGCCUCGUUCAGUACGCCGUGCCGCCCGUGGAUCCCUCCUCACUGUGGCUAGAAACUCGGGAAAUGUUACGAAGAUGGUCGUCCCCGAGGAGGGCUCCGUGCGCCAGGUCAAGGAGGAGGCGGCGAGGGACGCGGGCGUGAGCGCGAGCAAGGUGCAGUUCAUUGCAGGAGGCGCCGAGAUGCAGGACGACCGGAGGCUCAAGGACUAUGGCCUUACCGGCGACGCUGUGGUGUGGAUGGAGGUCGAGGGAGAGGAGGAGGGACGCGAAGGAGGGAGCCAGAGCAGCGAGGCCGGCUGCUGUAGCGUCUGCUCAGUUAUGUAAUGUCAUGCUGGGCGGUUUCUACUUCUGAAAAUAUUGGUUGCAGUGUGUAAGGAGCGCCUCCCGCCGACCUCGCGCAUCGCAGCCGAAGCGGAAAUGGUUCAACGGCGUCGCUGCGGGAGCUGAGGAGGCCGAGUUUUCUGUCCAUUUUUUGUCAUAGCUAUGUUGAUAGAAAGAAUAAGUUUAAGGAUGAUAAGAUGUCGUUUUUCGAGAACCAGUUUGCAUCAAAUUUGGUUCAAGAGAUUCCCAGUGUAUUAAUGAAUAAGCACAAUAGGAAUAUAUCAUUGUUAUCUUUAUAAUUAUUAUUACCACUGUUAUUGCCAUUGUUAUCAUUGUCAUUAUUAUUAUUGCUAUCUUUAUUAUUAUCGUUAUUAUGAUUGUAUUAUCAUUUACCAUUAUUAUUAUCAUAAUAGUCACCAUCAUAAUAUCAAAGAGAAUUUUAACAAUAAUGAUGUUGCACAGUAGUUUGGAAAUCAGUGAAUGAAUUGCCAUUUUAAUCACAUGACUCCUUAUACACGUAAAUAAACCACAACACCACAGGACGCUCUGUGCGUGUCAGGUUCCACUGUUAUUUCAUUCGUGUAUUCGCAUAUUUAAUUCAGGACAAAAUACAAAGAGUGCAGUUAUAUUUCAUUUGCUUAUCUGAUCCAUUAAAACAAAGACUAUUACUCAUUUUCAUUUUUUUAUAGCGUAUUUUCAUUGAACAUCAUGUAGCUUUGGCCAUAUGUUGCUCUCAUUGUUUAUUCUAGUGAAAAUAAAACGUUAUUUGCGUUGUAUUUGACAGUAAAGGAAACAAGGAAGUCACAUA